AUGCGUUCAUUUACCAUUCUUAUCUUCGCUAUGGUUGUUCUCUUCCAAUCUCUCCUCGCAGCUCCCUCUACUCUUUCGGUUCGUUCAGAACAGACUGUUGGACAAAUGUCAGCAGAGUCGAACACGAUCCGUCAAAAACUUCUUGGUCUUGGUUUAUCUCUCAAUAUCCUUGGGAAUUAUGCCAGCAACUAUGGUUACCCAUUGUAUACAUGUGGUAAUGGUUAUAUCUUAGGUUGUGGGCUGUCUAACUACCAAACCACCUGCUGGAGUGUUUCGAAUUGCAAUAAUGGAUACGGUUAUGCAAACUCGGUGGGUUACUUGAAUGGAUACUUCAAUAACUUGAUAACCUUGAGAAAAGCGGAAUUGAAAUCAGAAGUAAAUCACAAAGAAAACGAGAAUCAAGCUUAA